GGCCGUCCUUCGUAUCCAUCCCUUGCAUGCCCUUUUAUGAAUGAAUUCUCCGUUCUACGCCUACCCUACGGACGGAAAGCACUCAUUUGAGAAAACGACCGGGACUCUCCCUCGUUUGCCAAAAUAAGGAAUCCGAGAGGGACGUAGGGAGCGAGCUCUACUCAGCAUAUCUCAGAGAGAGCGAGCAAGAGAGACAAAGAGCAUUGUGGAAUUGGCCUCCAGAUCCACGAUCAGACUAAAGCUCCAGAAGGUGGAAGAGUUGUAGAUCGAGAGUCAUGUCGAGGAGGCAGGUGAAUCCGAACGCUAGGCGCUUUGCUGAGAGCUCCACCGUGCCAUUGACGAAUGCUCUGCAUCAGAAAUCGCGGUCCUCUCCCUUGUUAUCCGUUGGUUUGAUUCUUCUGGGCGCUUUCCUUUUCAUUGGAUAUUCUUACAGCGGCUCAGGGAGUUUUAGGAGUGAAAAGGAAGCUUUGACUAGGGAUGAUGGAGAAAAUUCUUGCACAUUGGAAGUGCUGAAGGCGAUGCCUCUUCUGAAAAAGGUCUAUGGUGAUAGUAUGCGCCAUAUUCUGCACAUUGGCCCUGAUACAUGUGCAAUUGUCUCAAAAUUAUUGAAAGAAGAGGACACUGAAGCUUGGGGUGUGGAGCCAUAUGACAUGGAAGACACAGACAGCAGUUGCAAGGCCCUUGUGCGCAAGGGCAUUGUACGUGUAGCUGAUAUUAAGUUUCCUCUGCCAUACAAGGCAGAUUCAUUUUCUGUCGUGAUUGUGUCAGAUGCACUGGAUUAUCUGUCUCCAAGAUAUCUCAACAAGUCACUUCCAGAUCUUGCUAGAGUGGCGAAGGAUGGCCUGGUUCUGUUUGCUGGUUAUCCUGGCCAUCAUAGAGCUAAAGUACCUGAAGUGUCCAAAUUCGGGAGACCUGCUAAACUCCGAAGCCAAUCCUGGUGGAUUCGCUACUUCUUGCAAACUGGUUUACAAGACAAUGAAGCGAUUACCAAGAAAUUUGAGCAGGCUGCGGCGAAGAGGUCGUACAAACCGAGUUGCCAGAUUUUCCACAUCAGACCGUAAGGGCUAAUAGCGAUAGGUGAUCGGGGUUUCCACUUGCAUGAAAGAAUUUCGCAAGUUUUACAUCAAUUUUAUUUAUGCUUAUUCAUUACGUUGGAUGAGGGAUGCUGGUGGGUCGGUAAUGGAUUUUUUUUUCUUUUACUUUUUUAUUUAUAGUGCAGUAAAUAGGCUUGCAGUUGACUGGUUACUUCAGUCCAGGUGGAAAACACUAGUAUGAAUUUCCUUUGUACUCUGCCUUUGGGACGAAGGGAAGGGCUAAUUUGUGGUGUAGCCUGGUUGAGAAUGUUUUUUUGUUGAAGAGAUUGAAAUUCAUCUCCCAUGGAUAAGAUGCCUUUAAAAGUUUUAUUUACUCUAUAAUAGGCACCAGUCUUUAUGUUCA